CAAGGGCUUGGGUCCCGUGGGCUGAACCGUCCCCGGCAGGGGUGCGGGAGCGGGGACGCUGCGGGCCCCGCCGCCUCCCUCGCCGCGACCCCGGAUGGAUGCGCGCCCCCCGCCCGCCCGCGCCGGCCCCAGGAGCUCCGGAUUUCGGGAGCAUCCUUCCCGCGCCGGCCCCCGCCGCGGCGCGUAGCCGAGGGCAGCGCCCCUCGGAAGGGCACCACGGAGCAAGGCUUGGCCGAAGAGCCAACCCCCUUCCCUUGAAGAAGGGAUCAGAAGGACGCUGCAGGUGCCAGUGGGCAGCCGCCUGUGGGAGCGAGCGGACUGAGCUUUGCCCUCUCUGAGGUGGAGGGUAGGGUGAGAGGUGCUGAAGGACAAAGUAGACAAAGCCCCUUUCAUUCUCCCAGGAUCCCCUUGAUGGAAGAGAAGAGGCGAAAAUAUUCUAUCAGCAGCGACAACUCUGACACCACUGACAGUCACACUACAUCUGCCUCAAGAUGCUCCAAACUGCCGAGCAGCACCAAGCCGGGCUGGCCCCGGCAGAACGAGAAGAAGCCCUCAGAGGUUUUCCGGACAGACUUGAUCACAGCCAUGAAGAUCCCAGACUCGUACCAGCUCAGCCCGGAUGACUACUACAUCCUGGCGGAUCCUUGGCGACAGGAGUGGGAAAAAGGUGUGCAGGUGCCCGCCGGGGCGGAGGCCAUUCCAGAGCCUGUUGUGAGGAUCCUCCCGCCGCUGGAAGGCCCCCCUACCCAUGUGUCCCCUAGCAGCUCCGAACUUGGCGAGGGCUCCCAGCCUGAGUGGCCCGGGGGCAGCCGCUAUGACCUGGACGAGAUUGACGCCUACUGGCUGGAGCUCAUCAACUCCGAGCUCAAGGAGAUGGACAGGCCAGAGCUGGACGAGCUGACGCUGGAGCGCGUGCUGGAGGAGAUGGAGACGAUGUGCCACCAGAACAUGGCACGGGCCAUUGAGACACAGGAGGGGCUGGGCAUCGAGUAUGACGAGGACGUCGUCUGUGACGUGUGCCGCUCUCCCGAGGGUGAAGAUGGCAAUGAGAUGGUCUUCUGUGACAAAUGCAACGUCUGUGUGCACCAGGCUUGCUACGGGAUCCUCAAGGUGCCCACAGGCAGCUGGCUGUGCCGGACAUGUGCCCUGGGUGUCCAGCCAAAGUGCCUGCUCUGCCCCAAGCGAGGAGGAGCCUUGAAGCCCACCAGAAGUGGGACCAAGUGGGUGCACGUCAGCUGCGCUCUGUGGAUUCCUGAGGUGAGCAUCGGCUGCCCUGAGAAGAUGGAGCCCAUCACCAAGAUCUCGCACAUCCCGGCCAGCCGCUGGGCUCUGUCCUGUAGCCUGUGCAAGGAGUGCACAGGCACCUGCAUCCAGUGUUCCAUGCCUUCCUGCAUUACGGCAUUCCACGUCACCUGCGCCUUUGACCACGGUCUAGAAAUGCGGACUAUAUUAGCAGACAAUGAUGAGGUCAAGUUCAAGUCAUUCUGCCAGGAACACAGCGACGGAGGCCCGAGGGUUGAGCCCACAUCUGAGCCGGCAGAGCCGAGCCCAACGGGCGAGGACCUGGAGAAGGUGACCCUCCGCAAGCAGCGGCUGCAGCAGCUGGAGGAAGACUUCUACGAGCUGGUGGAGCCGGCCGAGGUGGCCGAGCGGCUGGACCUGGCUGAGGCGCUGGUUGACUUCAUCUAUCAGUACUGGAAGCUGAAGAGGAAAGCCAAUGCCAACCAGCCGCUGCUGACCCCCAAGACUGACGAGGUGGACAACCUGGCCCAGCAGGAGCAGGACGUCCUCUACCGCCGCCUGAAGCUCUUCACGCACCUGCGGCAGGACUUGGAGAGGGUUAGAAACCUGUGCUACAUGGUGACGAGGCGCGAGCGAACGAAGCACACCAUCUGCAAACUCCAGGAGCAGAUAUUCCACCUGCAGAUGAAACUCAUCGAACAGGAUCUGUGCAGAGAGCGGUCUGGGAGGAGAACAAAGGGCAAGAAGAGCGACUCGAAAAGGAAGGGCCAUGAGGGCCCGAAGGGCAGCCCCGAGAAGAAAGAGAAGAUGAAGGCGGGGCCCGACUCGGUCCUGGGGCAGCUGGGCCUGUCCACCUCGUUCCCCAUCGAUGGCACCUUCUUCAACAGCUGGCUGGCACAGUCGGUGCAGAUCACAGCGGAGAACAUGGCCAUGAGUGAGUGGUCGCUAAAUAACGGGCACCGCGAGGACCCUGCUCCGGGGCUACUGUCCGAGGAGUUGCUGCAAGAUGAGGAGACGCUGCUAAGCUUCAUGCGGGACCCCUCGCUGCGACCCGGUGACCCUGCCAGGAAGGCCCGUGGCCGCACCACCCGCCUCCCUGCCAAGAAGAAGCCACCACAGGAUGGGCCCGGUUCACGGACAACUCCAGACAAACCCCCCAAGAAGCCCUGGGGCCAGGAUGCAGGUGGCCAAGGUCAAGGACCACCUGCCAGGAAACCCCCGCGGCGAACGCCUUCUCACCUGCCGUCCAGUCCUACAGCUGGGGACUGUCCCAUCCCAGCAGCCCCCAAGAGCCCACCACUGCUGGCCCCUGACACCCCCGACGAGGCAGCCCCAAUAGCUGCUGACUCGAAAGUCCAAGUGCCUGGCCCUACGGCGAGCCCCAAGCCCCCGGGCCGGCUGCGGCCGUCCCGCGAGAGCAAGGGAACCCGGAGAUCAUCCGGCGCCAGGCCUGACGCCGGGACAGGACCGCCUUCCACUGUGGCUGAGAGGCCAAAGGUCAGCCUGCGCUUUGACACUGAGACUGACGGCUUCUUCUCCGAUGGGGAGAUGAGCGACUCGGACGUGGAGGCCGAGGACAGCGGGGUGCAGCGGGGUCCCCGGGAAGCAGGGGCGGAGGAGGUGGUCCGCAUGGGAGUUCUGGCCUCCUAAAUCCCCCCCUACCCCCGUCUCAGGCCCUGCCCCGGUCCCCCAACGAGGCCUCAGCCCAGACACAACUGCCAUUUCCAAUCUGCUGAGUGUCCCGGACCCUCGAGGCUGCCACUCUGUUGUGGUUUUAUUUUUAAUAUAGAGAGAGUUUCGAAUUCCACACUGUUGUCUUUCCUCUGUGCUGGCCCAGGACAUGAGGAUCCCUUCCAUGGCUUCGGCUGCAAGGACUGGGCCAGGUCCUGGCGGCGCCCCUGCUGCUGCAGCAGCAUCCCCGCCCGGCCCCCGGGGCCUUGCUGGGCUCCUGGCUCGAGGCAGGCAGGUGAAGAAGAGCUCAGGAGGCCAGCCCGCUGCCACUGGGAGACACAGACUGUCGUUUGGGCAUUAUUUCAUGGCAGAUGGGCCGGGCCAGGGUCUGCCCACCUUGCCCUCGAAUCCCACUGGAGUCCACUUGGGGGGUCCUGCUGCACUCCACUGAUCCCCACGGAAGUAUAUAAGAGCUACCCAGCCAGAGUCUACUCACUGUCACAAGCACAACGAGCUUAUCCGAGAAAGCACUGAGGGGGCGCAGAAGGCCCCGCUGGUCCAGGGGAACCGCCGCCGUUCCUAUCGACCCACAUCUAGGCCUGCCCGCCCACCCCGCAACCCUCCACUCCCUCGCUGCUCUGCCCCUGCCGGCGCCCAGCCCUGCAGCUCCAGGAAAGGGUUUCUGGAAUCCUUCCUGAGCUGUGCCACUUACUCAGGGGACUCCCAAGCAGCCAGCCGCCGGUGCCCGUGGAGGGCUGCCAGGGGGGCCAGAGCCCAGGCGGGGGCAUGGGGCUCGGGCUCGCCCGCUGCGGAGAAUCGCUCUGGGGCUCCAACUUCCUUCCUUUCUUUGCGGCCAGUCUCGGCCGAAGUCUGGUCGCUCCCAGACAGCUGACCAGACCAGACCGGUUGCCUUUUCACGUUUCCCAGUCCAGCUAAGAGAUGAGCUGCUUCCUCGGUUUCCUUAGGGAAACCCCUCCUUCCGACUAGCAGUGGGAUCCCGGGGCCCAGGCGGCCGCGCCGGCUGCUGGGCUGUGUCGAGUCUUGCUGGAGGCUCCUGGUUCCUCUCCCUCCAAGCCUUAACCCCCUUCCCGGCCGCGCCCUCCCUCCCACCACCUAUCUGCCUUUCCUCCCUGUCCGCCCCCCCAGGUGCCAGGUAGUUGCUCUGAAGAGUUUUAGUGGAGUGGCCCCAGGGUGAUAGCUCAGGGAACAAACUAAAGAGGAAUUCAGUGAAAACAUGUUGUUUAUCUUUUCUUUCGUGAAUUACUCCUGGGUCACUUCCGCCACUGGUAAAGCCAGAACUUCUCCAACAAGAACCUUGCAAAAGUCCAGUGAAUCAGUCGAAUCAUUCUAUGGAUGCCAAAGAAUAUUUUGACCAUAACACAGCACAGCUUGGACCUAACAACUUGUCACUUGGACGUUUUGUUUUUUUUUUUAAUGGAGUUCUUUAGCAACAAAGUACAGAACCACGUUCAUUGCACACACCCAAGGAGACAAGCCCGAGCUCUUGGAAGAGGAUGCAGUUCUGCCGUCCGACUGUGGGAACCAAGAACCGGGUGCAGGGUUCCAGAUCCGGGACUGGGCCCGCCGUGAGCUUUCUGAAGCCCACGGAGGAGAGGGGCGCAGGCAACGAAACCAGCACGGCCAGAGCCUUGACCGUGAGGUUCCCCCUGCAGACACACAGCGCAAAUCAGCGGGACGGGGAACAGCUUGACCACUCACCCCCGACUCCAAACUACCAAGGUACGACAGUGGCGUUGUCAUCGAUACUCAGCUUUAUGUGAAUUUUAGCAAAAUAGGAAACAAAGAUAAUGACUAAGUUCAGGGGAUCGGACAGACGUGUCCAGUGGCAACAGACUCAGCAGGCCGCGAGGAUUCUGAGCGUUGGGACGGCCUGAGCCACCAGGUGGAGCCGAGCCUGCCUGCCCGCCGCCUGGGCGGUGGUGGCCCGUGCGGGGUAGGCAGCGCCCAGCCCCAUUCUCUGUUUACUGCCUUGGAACAGACCUCCUCCCGACCCCGCGCUUCAGGCUGCAGCCGCGUGUGUGCCAGGCUGCCCGGUCUGACCUCGCAGGAAGAAAAGGGACAAGCUUAAAGAACAACCAAACUCUCCCCGGGGCGUGAGGGCAGGGGUGCCAGGGAUGGCCGAGGUCCAGUAGACUCCGCACUCACCCCCUCACCCCUUCCUCCAUCCUGAGGCAGAGUCUGGGCCCCCCUGGGGGGGGGGGCCCGGAGAGGGAGCCAGGCGGGUCUGGCGUAGGCAGGGCAGCCAGCCCUCCUGGGCCUCAGCUCUGCUCGAGUUGCCUCUGGGUUCGGGCCCUCUUCGCAGUGGGCUCUUGCUUUGGUCUGGGUUGUCCCUGGGGCCAGGCCCUAACCUUUCGUCCUCAGGCGGCCGCCCACCCUGUGGACGUCUGCCAGGCUGCAGGGAGGACGGGGCGCCAGUUUCCACUCCGUCCCACCAUUAGCCACGACCCCUUCACUCUUUCCCUGGCCUGCUGCCCACCGUGUUGACGGCUUUGCUGCCCCUAAGGCGAGGGCGGGAAGAAGGCAGGGGGCUGGGGCAGACCUCGCACUUGACCCCACAGCCCACACUCACUGGCCCUCAGGGAGGGCGAAGCUGCUCUGUGACUCGUCCUGGCUGUCACCCUGUUUUCCCAGCCCCCACCGCCACCUCCCCCCAUCACAGUGAGGAAUGAUAAUGUGCAAGGAAAGUAUUUUUAUGGAUCAUAAAUGUAUUUUACAACAAAUAAGGAAAAGAAAGGCAGAAGGGUUUAUUUUACUAAAUGAGCUCUGACUUGGCGACAGUGUGCGCGCGUUUGUAAGGGCCUCGGUUUCCUUGGAGAAGCCGCCCAGGUUCCCAGGCAUGGGGUUGGACUGCGGAUGUGUGAGUGCACGCGUGCCGGGGCACGUCUCGUGUGCCCACGGGCACGCGUGCGGCUGCGUGUUGUGGAUGGGCACACUGUGGGACUUGCUGGGGCAACUCCUAGAGAAGCAACCGCUCCACUCAGACAUUGGCAGCAGCCGGAUGUGGCCGACCUCUCUGCACGUGCCCACGGCUCUGCGGGGCGGCCUGGAUGCCGGCAGCAAGGCCCCUGGGGCGGCCACUCCCCAUGCCCGUGGCCCAACUGGCCACAUUGGCCGAAGAGCCAGGGCUGGAGUCCGGGACUUUCGGUUGUUCUUUAGGGCACUGCCUGCCCCCUUGUCCCUCAGAUGCACAACACUGUGCUCCGCGUCGGCUCGGGGUGGGGUGGUGAUAUGAAUGUCACAGGAGGAGAUUCCUCCUGUCUUUGUUUCACAGAAAGUGAUGUGCCAUUUGUUAAUAUACAAGAGAAAUAUUGAAAAUAUAUUGAAAAGAGCAAUUUUAAAUUAUUUUUGGCUUAUGUUGCAAUAUUUAUUUUCUUGUAUUAGAAAAGAUUUCUUUGUAGAGAAAAAAAUGUAUUUUUCAUUAAUGCAAAAACCUAUUUCUCCUUUUUGUACAUUGUCCGUGUUCGCUACCCUUAACAAGCAAUAGAAUGUAUGGCCGCCCCGGUGUGGCCAGCGCCUGCCGUGCCCUGCAUGACUCUGUGUUGCCGCUGCUACGUAGCUUCCAGUCCCAUCCUGUCCUGCUCACUCAUGGGGUUUUCGGAUCCGGCCCCCGCCAGGGCCUGUGUCUCAAGGAGCCCUUUGCACUCCUCAUGUGUUGGCAAACGCAGUUAAUAAAGCGACGUUU